CUCUAUUUUUUUUUGAAAUUUUCAAAAUUUUAAUAUAUAAAAUUUUGAAUUUUUUUAAAGUAUCAAAAUUUAAUAUAUUAUUUUUUAUAUCAAAAAAUAUAUAUAUUCUUUAAAAUGUCGAGAGAGUCCGGUAGAAGGUCCGUGGAUAUGGGCGCCGUGAAUCGAAGUUUGAGGAGUGGCAAAGCUAAAGCCACCUCCGACGGUUCGACCUCACGCGGUUCUCGAGGAAGACACUCCGUCUCUUCGUUUCCUACUGUCCCAGAUCAUUUAAUCGGGGACGCUAUGACGGAUGAAGAAUUCAACCAGAUUUAUUCUGGUAGAGGAGACGCGAAUCUCCCCACUCUUGAUAGUCUAUUCGAGGAUGUUGAUGAAGCAGGACUGGAUAAUCUUGACGGGGACGAUGAGCCUACACCGCAAAGCAACGACGUCGACGUGGAGGCAGGUGNAUAUUUAUAAAAUAGGUAUUAUUUGUGAUCCACGAUUUAAGAUUGAAAAUUUUAAAAUUCUAAUUGAGUAUUACUACAGUUGUUUUUUAGAUAAAAAUAGUUAUUACUACAGCUAUUUAGUAGAAUGGAAAAAUGAAAGAGAUAAUGCUAUAACUCUUUUUGAGGAUUUGUUUAAGGAAUAUCAAGGGUUAUACGGUACUGUACAAGAAGAAACAGCACCACCUCCGCCCGUGAAAUCAAAAAAAGGUUUUGCCGGCAUAGUCGGUGGGCUUCUUGCAAAGAAAGGGAAACGUGCCCAGUCUUCAAACGAGUUCAAGUGGUACAACAGUAAGCUCGCACAACGAACUUGCUAUGUACCAUGGUGUGCCAUGCGAUUAUGAUGACGACGAUGUCGAUUUUGACGUGCUCGGAUGGUGGAAGCGGAACGAACACAUGUUCCCAUGUCUCGGCAUGCUAGCAAGACAAGUGUUGUCCGUCCCAGUAUCAACCGUAGCAGUUGAACGAGAAUUCAGUGUUGGCGGCAACAUUCUAACCGACUACCGAAGUUGUCUUAACGCUGAAUCUCUUGAAACACUGGUUUGCAACCAAGAUUGGCUCUUGGCAAGACGUCGGGCUCAAGAGUCAUCGUACCAACUCGAAUCGAAGCAUUACAUGAAUGCAACCACAGAUGGAAGUCCGAGUUCUGAAGAAUAAGUUAUAAAUUUUUUUUAUGUUA